AUGAUUUUAUUCAUUGUUUCAUUAAGUUUCGAGGAGCGUUUGUUGAAUCAAAAUCCGAUUAUAGUGAAGAGGGAAGUGCCCGAACGAGCCCAAGUGGUCUCGCACCACCAACAACACAUUCCCGAGAUCAAGCCUCACUCCGUCGAGGUCUCAAAUGCCGAUGAGAGUGAUUUGGAUUCAUCACCGUCAACACCUCGCAAUGCGACUUCAGGCGAAGAGACCACGGCAGCCGGACCACCGUCUUCAUCGCCUCUUCUGCUACCGCAUUAUGCGAAGAAGAAAAGUGGAGGAAAACUUCACUUCGCAUUCAAUUUGCUGAAGUCAGUGCGUUCCGAAACUAACGAUGACGAAGGUGGCUCCGAUUCUGAGAUAAACGAGGAUAAUCAAGAUACGUUGAGUGUGCACGAAGCUGGUGGUGCGGGUGGAGGAGAUCGGCGUUCACGUCUAUCCAUAAAACAUACCAGCUCAAAACUGUAUCAACUCCGUCAACGUGUUUCAACGGACUCAAUUGAUGAAGAUCAAGGUGCAACAACAAAUGCAAAUAAUACCAUUAAUAACACUAAUGUUGAUCACGCACCGUUGUAUCAUCGUUACGGUCAUGAAUGCUCUCCUCAAUCUAUAAAUUUCACUAAUGCAAGCAAUUCUUCUACUGCUGUUACUUCUACCAUAUCUUCAUAUCUUAAUCCAUCUCGUUGGCGAUUAAGAAAAAUGAGUAAGUCUGUGGUGAUCCCAACUGGUUAG